UAUUGGCUUAAAUUCUCUUAGCUGCGAUCUUUCUUGGUUUUGAUGUGUUUGUUGCAGCAUGAGGUAGGUUUUCAAUAGCCAAGUUGUAAAAUCCACAAAUUCUCAUUCAAAUAUCUAGCACCUUUUCUCUCACUCGCUCAAACGCAAUUUCUCAGGAGUCACUAUUUUGAAGUAUUGUUUUGUUCUUCCGCGUUUCGCCUCUCAACCAUCUGCUUUUCUUUCGAUUGUCUGUCUCUGUCCCUAGAAGCUUCUCAUUCCUUGUGUUCAGGAAGUUCUUUUAUGGUUAUUUUAUGCCUUUAAUGCCUGAUAUAUCAGUAUACAUUUGGUUAUACAGAUUCAUUGGUUUUUAUUUUUGUUAGUUUUCUUCAAUUAGAUUUUUUUUUUAAAUGAUUAAUUUGGUCCCUGAACUUGAAAACUUUAAUCAAUUAAGGACAUUUUGUUAACUUCUCUAGAUGAUGUUAAAAAUGGUUCGUAUUGGUAAUAAUAGUUGUCAUGUUGCAUAUAGGUGGCACAUAAUGCUUUUAACACGUGAAGUUAAAAUAUUUGUUUAUGCAUACAAUUGAAGAAGCACGUGGUUUCAGUGGUUUCAUUAAAGUUAAAGGUAAUUGGCACAUAAAGGUAAAAGAAUUGGGGAAAUUGGGAUAAGGGUGCUGAGCUGAAGCUGAUAAAGGGUGGUGGUUCUUCUUCGAAAGGUGUUGAUUCAUAACAUUUUGCGAGAUCAAGGUUGGGUUUGGUGGGGAUCAAGUUUAUUGUCGUUGUUCUUCGAAGAGGAUGUCAAAGGAGUACUCUUGCUAUUCGUUGACAUGCAGAAGGAACAAAACCCCUAUUUGCCAUUAUGGACAGAUAUCUGUGAUGAGAACUGCGAACACUAUGAAGAAUCGAGGCAAGCAUUUUUGGGGAUGCUCCAAGUAUAAGAAUGGUGUUCAAGAUGCUGGUUGCAACUUCUUCAAAUGGUGCACAGAUGUUGGAAGUGAGUACAGUGGUCGUUACGUGAAGAGCGAAGGGAAGAAAGAAACUUUGGUUAGCAGUGAAGAAUUGGAGAGUACUAGAAAAAUGAUAGUUAAGAUACAGAAAUCAAUGUUCUUUCUUGAAAAGUGUAUGAAGGGGUUGAUAUUGUUGGUUUGUUUUUUAUGUGUCAAAGAUGAUUUUAGUUUCAAUGUUAGUGAGAAUGGGAUGAUUCGCUGUAAUCUGAUAUGUUUUAAUGUAAUCUGAAUGAUGUUGAUGAGUGAAUGAAAUGAGAAUGAGAUGUUUU